AUGCCGCUGCCCCUCCCACGUCGAAACAGGGCCAGGGUCGCCUCGAGGUCCUGGUCAGAGCGCAGCCUUGGAGGGGUCUGGGGAGGGGCGGCAUCGGCACCCCUGGUGCAGCCUCCUGAGCCCCGCAGCGCGGCGCCGCGGGGCCCCGCGGACUCGGCGAGGGCGGAUCCCUCAGGGACGGCCUGGCCUGGAGAUGCAGACCUGCGCGAGGGCGCCAUCCUGAGGUGGAGUCUGUGUCUUCCUUCUCCUCACCGCUUGUUGUCUGCUCGUUUGAAGCACUUAGAUUAUUUGUCAGAUUUUUUGUCUGAUGGCCGCCAGUUUUUCAUAGCGUAG